CACCCCAACCACAGCUGGGACCAGCUUGUCCUCCAGCUCUACAUCCACCCCAACCACAGCAGGGACCAGCUUGUCCUCCAGCUCUACAUCCACCCCAACCACAGCUGGGAUCAGCAUGAACUCCAGCUCUACACCCACCCCAACCACAGCUGGGACAAGCUUGUCCUCCAGCUCUACAUCCACCCCAACCACAGCUGGGACCAGCUUGUCCUCCAGCUCUACAUCCACCCCAACCACAGCAGGGACCACCAUGGCCUCCAGCUCUACAUCCACCCCAACCACAGCUGGGACCAGCACAGCCUCCAGCUCUACAUCCACCCCAACCACAGCUGGGACCACCAUGGCCUCCAGCUCCACAUCCACCCCAACCACAGCUGGGACCAGCACAGCCUCCAGUUCUACAUCCACCCCAACCACAGCUGGGACCAGCACAGCCUCCAGCUCUACAUCCACCCCGACCACAGCUGGGACCACCAUGGCCUCCAGCUCUACAUCCACCCCAACCACAGCUGGGACCAGCACAGCCUCCAGCUCUACAUCCACCCCAACCACAGCAGGGACCAGCACAGCCUCCAGCUCUACCAGCACAGCCUCCAGCUCUACAUCCACCCCAACCACAGCUGGGACCAGCACAGCCUCCAGCUCUACAUCCACCCCGACCACAGCUGGGACCACCAUGGCCUCCAGCUCCACAUCCACCCCAACCACAGCUGGGACCAGCACAGCCUCCAGCUCUACAUCCACCCCAACCACAGCUGGGACCAGCACAGCCUCCAGCUCUACAUCCACCCCAACCACAGCUGGGACCACCAUGGCCUCCAGCUCUACAUCCACCCCAACCACAGCUGGGACCAGCACAGCCUCCAGCUCUACAUCCACCCCAACCACAGCUGGGACCAGCACAGCCUCCAGCUCUACAUCCACCCCAACCACAGCAGGGACCACCAUGGCCUCCAGCUCUACAUCCACCCCAACCACAGCUGGGACCAGCACAGCCUCCAGCUCCACAUCCACCCCAACCACAGGUGGGACCAGCACAGCCUCCAGCUCUACAUCCACCCCAACCACAGCUGGGACCAGCACAGCCUCCAGCUCUACAUCCACCCUGACCACAGCUGGGACCAGCACAGCCUCCAGCUCUACAUCCACCCCAACCACAGCUGGGACCAGCACAGCCUCCAGCUCUACAUCCACCCCAACCACAGCAGGGACCACCAUGGCCUCCAGCUCUACAUCCACCCCAACCACAGCUGGGACCAGCACAGCCUCCAGCUCUACAUCCACCCCAACCACAGCUGGGACCAGGACAGCCUCCAGCUCUACAUCCACCCCAACCACAGCUGGGACCAGCAUGGCCUCCAGCUCUACAUCCACCCCAACCACAGCUGGGAUCAGCAUGGACUCCAGGUCUACAUCCACCCCAACCACAGCUGGGACCACCAUGGCCUCCAGCUUUACAUCCACCCCAACCACAGCUGGGACCAGCACAGCCUCCAGCUCUACAUCCACCCUGACCACAACUGGGAGCAGCAUGGCCUCCAGCUCUACAUCCACCCCAACCACAGCUGGGACCACCAUAGCCUCCAGCUCUACAUCAACCCCAACCACAGCUGGGACCAGCAUGGCCUCCAGCUCUACAUCCACCCCAACCACAGCUGGGACCAGCACAGCCUCCAGCUCUACAUCCACCCCAACCACAGCUGGGACCAGCAUGGCCUCCAGCUCUACAUCCACCCCAACCACAGCUGGGAUCAGCAUGGCCUCCAGCUCCACACUCACCCCAACCACAGCUGGGAUCAGCAUGGCCUCCAGCUCUACAUCCACCCCAACCACAGCUGGGACCAGCACAGCCUCCAGCUCUGGCAGGACAACCACCCGCAGCAGCUCUAGCCUGGCAGUUUCAACUGGAACGUACACCACCUCCAACCACACUGACACGGUGAACGAGGUGAAGGCCAGUGGGUCCCUGGAGCCUUGGGAAAUCUUCCUCAUCACCCUGGCCUCCGUUGUUAUGGCUGCAGGACUCUUUGCUGUGCUCUUCUUUUUUGUGGUGAGUGCCUGA